AUGGGGGUCUUACAAAACCUUUCCGGGAAAAGGGGAAUAAGGCAAGGGGAUCCUAUGUCCCCUUACCUUUUUGUUAUUGCUAUGGAAUACCUUCAGAGAGAGUUAAAUGUGCUAGCCGGAAACAAGCAGUUUCAAUUCCAUCCUAGAUGUAAAAAGCUUAAAGUUAUGCAUAUUUGUUUCGCGGAUGAUCUGUUAAUGUUUUGCAAAGCUGAGUUGAACUCAAUUAAACUUCUUCAAAGAAGCCUUCUUAAGAUUCUCACUUUAAAGCAGGAGAUAUUGAGUCAUCUUGGAUACUGUGAAGGAGCUCUACCAUUCAAGUACUUAGGAGUCCCUUUAUCAUCCAAGAAGCUAACGGUGGCUCAAUGUAUGCCCCUUGUGGAGAAAAUUACGGAUAAGUAA